UAACAAUGGUAAGUGAAGUGAUGUUUGGUCACUGCUAGCUUUAGCCUGCAUUUUUUAAGUGUCUAGGUGAUAUGCAGAUCGUCAGCUCAUGCAAGAUCAACACAAAUCUGAGUUAACUACAUUUUGUCAACCGUUAUUUAUUUGAACUCAGAAAGUAUUAUGCUUUCGAAUGCACUAAUUUUCAGAAGCCUUAACGAGUGAUUAUACUAAGCCAUGAUUGGGUUUGUAACUUGCCUCCACACUGUUCUUUUCUUGGUUAUUAUACGCGAAUGUUGCAGUCACGUUGUGGAGUUUGCAGGCAAGGAGCGAAUUACUGUGGACCUCACUGAAAGAAAAAUCAACGAUGAAAACACUCGCAUUACAUUCCGAUUUAAAACAAUCAAUGCAUUUGGGAUAAUCAUAUAUAGCAAAGGCACACAGGGAGAUUACUUGGCUAUCGAGCUCGUGCAGGGGAUGUUGCGUUAUCAAGCUGACUUAGGAAGUGCAUCAGAAACAACAUCAAGACAAGAGUUGAUUGUUGGCACGGAUCUUGACAACAAUAAAUGGCACAGCGUAGACAUAACUCGUAGCCGCAAUGCCGUUAACAUCUCAGUUGAUGGGAAGACCAAAAAAUCCCUUUUACCCUCUGCCUCGUUUACGACGCUGAACCUCGAUGACAAAAUUUUUGUCGGUGGGGUGUCCAAAGACACAAUAUUUGAUUCGUCAGCAAAUUUGAUGUCAAGGAAUUACAUAGGCUGUUUGGAUAACCUUUUGUUUGACGAAAUGAGCAUACUUUACAAGGCAAAGUACAACGACAAAGAUUUUCGCGCCUUUGGAGAUGUUUCCUACAAGUGUCAUGAUAUUGCGUAUUCUCCAGUUACAUUUCCUGAUUACAAGGCUACCAUUGAAACAGAAAGUGACAUUCAAAAGAGUCUCUCCCUUACUUUGAGUUUUCGAACAUAUAUUCCAAGCAGCAUGAUUGUGUCAAAGAUUUCAGCCGAUGGAAGAAUAUUUGUAGAGAUACGUGAUGGGAAAUUGUGUUUACGUGUUGAAUCGACAAAAAUUACCCCAAUAAAACUUGAAAUGGGGAAAAACUUGAAUGAUGGCAACUGGCAUGAUAUUGAAUGCGUUGUGAAUGGAGAAGAGGUAUCUUUGAAACUGGACACCGAGAAACCUUUAGUAUACAAAAAUCCUGCUUUAAAGCAGAUCACGUAUGACGCAAAGCACGUGACCUUUGGUGGGGGCGCUGACAACAUUCUGAAGGGGAUGGUUGGGUGUCUCUACCGCAUUAGAGUGGACGGCACUUCUAUCGAUGCCAGAGUUCUGGACCCAAAAGCAAUCAAGGGAGCAUUGCCAGGGAAGUGCCACGUCAUCAACAAGUGCUGGCCAAAUCCAUGUAAAAAUGGCGGAGAAUGCAAAAUGGAUGGUGAAAUAUCGUUAUGUGACUGUCAAAAAACUCUGUAUAUUGGAAACACGUGUGAAGAUCCAAUCGUUCAAAAGUCGUGCCAGGAAUAUAAAUCGCUUGGUCUUAAAGAAGAUUCCCGUUGUUUUAUUGAUCCGGACGGAUCUGGUCCAGUAGAGUCAUUUGAGGUGCUUUGUAACAUGACCAAAGAAUCAAGAGCGGUCGCAGUUGUAAAACUGAGUAGUGGUAUGAAGCGGACGAAGGUCGAUAGUCAGCCACUUCAGGGCAUAAAGUAUUACCAACGCAUGAAAUACGACUUGUCAAUUUCACAAAUCGAGGCAAUAAUUAAAGAGAGCUCAGAAUGCAAGCAAUUUGUGAGGUAUGAAUGCAAAAACAGCCCAUUGCUCAACUCACCCAGAGGCCCACCCUCCGUCAGCUGGAUAAAUCGCCAAGGAUCAAUGGAAAAUUACUGGGGAGGAGCACCCAAAGGAAGUGACAAGUGCGCCUGCGGAGUGAAGAGGAAUUGUGCUGACGCAACCAAAUAUUGCAACUGUGACAUUGGGGAUAAAUUCUGGCGAGAAGAUUCGGGUUUUCUCACAGAUAAAGAUGCACUCCCGGUGUCUGCAAUUUACUUCGAUAGACACUCCUCUGACUCAUAUUCUACUGUUGGUGACUUAGAAUGCUUUGCACCACAAAAAACAACCCCAAUGACAACGACAACAGCGUCAGCUCGAGCAACAUCUUCCACGCCAAAUACCAACGUUGUUUUGCAAAGAGCUUGUCGACCUUUCAAUGCAAGAGCAUCUACUACUUCAAAACCUUCGACCAAAGUGACUGAAGUUCUUCGACAAACGGAAAAAAUUGUCACAAAAAGGUCAACAGUCGGAGUAAAUAUAAUGAGAUCCUCUUUCUCAUCAAAAGACAUUAGUCCUAUUACCAAGACGGUGAAAACCAAUUUAGUUAAAGAUGACGGCAACCGUUCGACAAGCGCCGUAAAAAAUAUGAGCAAGACACAUGACGGUGUGACAAUAUCCAUGAGCAUUUUAGCAGUAAUUGUAAUAUCGGCAGCUAUUGUGCUUGUAUGGGCAAUCAUCGCAGUUAUAGUAAUUGUACGUCGAAAGAAACGUGAUUCACAGAGGGGAAACAGACAAGACAUGGAGACUGAAGAUGCUGAAGAAGGAACAGAAAUGUGCAUUCUUUUCAGGCAUUCGAAAAGGGAGCCACCAAGGCCUACAAUAGAACUGCGAAGGGAUUCUUACGACUCCUAUGACAGCGUCCCUACCCCUGCGUUGGAGUACACGCAGCACACCGGGUUCAGGCAGCCAAUAACGACACAUAUUACCCUUGACUACGCACGUGCGAAAAAGAAAAAGAACAGUAGUGCGUAUUUCUGUUCGUAAUUUUGACGGAUUUGGUGACAAAGCAUGAAUCCGUGAAUACGGUGACGCGAUUGGGAAAUGACAUAUUGUCAUUUGUGAUUGUGUAAGGCAAAGCUCACCGUUGUGGUUGACGUCACCGAUAACUUUUAUGUACGAUGUGUACGCUAGGGCAAUGAAGUGUAUAGCUGACGAUAUAAGGAGAUUACUUUUACCCGUUCAAAGUCUGUUGUACAAAAAUUAGAUAGCGAAAAGCAUAUAGCGUCACUUGUCAAAAUGGGACUGUCAUGCUUAGUGUUAAUGGCUGAGGGAUACGAGAAGCAGCAGUGAAUCAAAAAAUUGAAAUUGCUGCAGAUCCGCUGCAGAUCCUGGGUUCCUGCCAAAGCUGGAUGACCUAUUUCUUAAUUUGAUUAGCAACCUACAUCCGUUUAAAAUAGAGUUUCACUUUUCAAUGGUACGGAAUAAACGCAUUUUUGAUUACCAGCCAAGUGAUCACUUAAUUGAUUGCUUUUGGCGCGGGAACUGAAACGUUUUUUUCUGUAAAGCUCAGAGUGGUAAUAACAGAGGAAAGUUUAGUCCUAUUACUGAAAGACAGUAAAGCUUUGCAGAAUUUUUCGAUUUUGAUUUAAUAAGAAGCAAUUCUUAAAAGAUCCCGAAAGAUACAUUUGAAAGUAUGCAAAGAGACCUAAUCUUGUUAAACACUAAGAUUCUAUGCAUGUAUCAUUUUCUUGCCGUUAAUAUUUCAUGGCAGCAAGUGUGUAAAAAUCCUGUGGUAAAUUUGGUAUUAUGCAGAAGGCUCUAAAUACAUGUCAAUUUCGUAUUUCCAACUGUGUCCACCUGAGUUCAGCAAAAGUUAUAUUUUCCAAACUAAUUGCCAGUUAUAGUAAUUUGAAAAAGAUUAUAAACUGUUAAGUAUAUAUUUAUAUUCUAGGGUAAAUAACAGAUUUAUCGUUUUUUUGUGUAAAUUUUUGUUAUCAAAUUCGUUUUCCUGAGAGGCUGGCAUUUUGGUUUAUUUAGAUCCACAAUCUGACCAAGUUAUCCGAUGAAGAUACCUGUAGAACUCUAAGUUUUCCCUUUUCCUCGUCAGAUUUUCCAGAAUAAUUUAUAAUCUCUCAGAGUACUUGCAAUGUAAAAAUGUGCAUUGAUUUUUUGCGAUCAAAAGAAACGAUCUCAAAUUGUCCUUUGCUUUUGUGUUACAAAUUUAUCUAUUGUAGUUAUCUGUACAGAUGAGUUUGAGUAGAAUUUUAAUUUUUCUAAAGUUUUAGAAAUGUUGCCAAUCCUGGAGGUAAGUAAACAAAAAAAUAUCAAACUGUGGAAAGAUUGUUUAUUGAUUGGACAGCAUACAUGAAUAUUCUAAGUAUGACAAUUAAUUGAUCUCGUUCAGGAAUGCUAGCUUCAAUACGCAUAAUAAUAAAGGAAGCAAUUUUUGAAUUAAACUUAAAAGGCAUGCGUCAAGGAGACUGUAAUUUAGUGUAUAUCGCUUUAAUUAUGAUUAAAAAGGUUUUUAGAUACGUUUGAUCGAUUGCCAAAGCAAACUAUCGCUGUAUCAAUAUAAGCUGAGUUUAAAUUUAUUUCAAAUGCAAUUGUAAACAAAUAUGAUUUAGAGGCUAAAUCAAAA